CGCCCCCGCGCGCCGGCGGCGAAGGCCCGCGCGGCAGCGGAGGGCCUCAGGGGAGGAAAAGGUGUCGGGCUCUCCUGGAGCCGCGCCAUGGAACAACCACAUCGGCUGACGUCUUGGGCCGCGCCCGGCGGCCGGAUGCCCGGGCAGCAGCCCGGGGGCGGCGGGGCGGAGGGCGCGGCCGCGGCGGGGCGGACGAGGCGCAUGCGGACUGGCCUGCUCGGGUCCAGGCGGAUGAUGUCUGGGUCGUCCCACGCGCAGGGCCCGGACGCCACCUGCCUUCUGCGUGCGUCGCCGGCCUCGCAGGCCGCCCCGGCCGACGAGGGGGCGGCCGCCAGCCUGGGCGGGCAGAGGCGCCUGCUGGCGGAGCUGCGCCACCUCGGCGCCGGGCAGCGGCGGCUGGAGGCGGCGCUGGCCGACCUGCGGAGCUUCAUGGACCAGGCGCUCCAGGGCGGCUGCCCGGAGGUGCCCGCGCGCCGGCCCGCCCCGCGGAGCUGCCGGGGCGGCGAGGAGGCGUCGGAGUCCGGGAACAGCCCGCGGGCGGGGGCCCGCGGCGCCGCGGGACUUCCCGGCGGCAGCCCGGACUCCAGCGACGGCGACCAUUCCGACGCCGCCAGCGCGCCGUCCGAGGGCGGCCGGCGCCAGCAUCGUGGCCCGAGUGGCCAGCAACCAUCCAGCUGCACGACGUGCUGGACCAGCGUGUAGCGAAGGAGUUGCCGCCCUCCAAGUCGAUGGAGCCGAUGGUGCCCUCGAUGGGGAGGGACUUCCACAUGAAAAUGAGCCUGCUGUCCCAGGAGGGGCUCAACCGACGUUUGAAGUCGUGCACUCCUGUCUUGGACCCUGAGCUGAAGGUUUUGAUACCUCACAAGAUUCUGCUAUUGUUAGUCAUGCUCCACGAUAUGGUCGUGAUCCCAUACAUCCUGGCGUGGGAUGUGCCCUUCACGGGUGAGACUCUGGAUAGCGCAGAGAUCGCGGUGGCAUUUUGGAUUUUGGACAUCUGCCUCUGCUUCUUCAUCGGCUUCUACAAGGACGGCGAGCUGGAGAAACGCUGGAGGGUGGUUGCCCGGAACUACUUCACCACGUGGUUCUUCCCCGAUCUUCUCGCGAUCGUUUGUGACUGGGCGAGCCUGCACGAGCUCUUGUCGGAGGGAAGGGGGGGCACCCGCUUUACCCUUCGGGUGCCCGGCCUCCUGCGAGCUCACAAGCUCGUGAACAUGUACAGCGCCGUCUUGGACAAGGUGCUUUCGGAGGGCAAGCGUAUGGCCAUCCAGAGCUGCGGCGUGGUGGUCUUCAUCCUCUGGGUGAACCACAUCAUCUGCUGCACGUGGUAUUCCAUUGGCAGGAAUGCGCCGACCGACACCGGUGGGCGCUGGCUGGAUUCGCUGGACUUUAACAGUAUCGAUCACUUCGACGCCACGCACACUCUCUACAGAUAUGUAACCGCGUUUCACUGGUCGAUCGGGUCCAUCACAGCUGGCGGAGUGGAGAAUCUUUUUGCAUUGAACAGCUAUGAGCGCUCGUUCAGCAUUCUAGUCCUGGUUGGCGGGCUUUUUUUAUUCAGUUCACUCAUUUCCACCUUCUCGGCAACGUUAACUCAGCUGAAACUGAUUGAGCAAGAGAAGACACAGCAUCUGCGAGCCCUUCGCCAGUAUCUGAGCCAGAACAACGUGAACGAGCACCUGAGCAUACGUGUGCAGAGACAGGUAGCAGAGCGCAUGCGCAGGAGAGACCGGCUGAUAGAGAAGAACGUGAAGGCCCUGUCGAUGCUCUCCCUGACCAUGCGGGCCGAGCUGCGCGGGGACGUCAUGGGGCCCUACCUGACGAAGCACCCCCUCAUCCGAGUCUGCAGCUUCGUGGACUGGCGCAUCGUGCAGGACAUCUGCGGCGAGGCCCUCGACCGGCACCUGAAGAUGCCCGGCGACAACCUCUUCGUGGCCGGGGGGCCCGCCGCCACGGAGGCCUUCCUCGUCAUCUCCGGCCGCCUGGAGUACUUCCUGCGGGCCAGCUCUGGCCUCGUGGAGGCGGACCUCAAGGAGGACAUCUGCGCGGGCGCCUGGCUGUGCGAGGCGGCCCUGUGGACGCAGUGGGCCCACGUCGGCAGCGCCGACGCGGUCGAGGCGAGCGACGUGCUGGUGAUAAGCACGCAGGCCCUCCUGAGGGAGCUCCUCAAGAACAGCGUCAUCGCGACCAUCGUGCGGGAGUACGGCCGCCAGUUCCACGCGCGGCUCAUCGCCUCCUCGCCUCCGUGCUCCGCGUGGCCGACCGACAAGGAGAUACCCUUCACCGACUUCGGCGAGCUGGUGCUGUCCAUGACCCCGCAGGUGCAGACGCUGGUGGCCUCGAUCACGCUGGAGGGCGUGCGGCGGAGCCACCCGCACAGCUUCCCCCCCGGCACACUGGACAGGCUCGAGGACGAGGUCGGCGAGCAGAAGUGCGCGGUCAUCAUGACGUCUGGCGGAGAGCUGGAGCGCGCGGUGACGCUGAGCGCGCUGCACCUGGAGCGGGGCGACGGGCGGAUCCUGGUGCACGUCGGCAAACAGCUCAGCGGGGAGCUGGUGCCGGUGUGCCAGCUUCCUGGAGCCAAGCACGGCAAGGACGGAAGCUCAAACGGGGCCGUGGAGCAGCUGCUGGCGCGGCUCUACCCGCUGGUGGGCUCCACGCACUUCACGCGCGUGGCGGAGCGGACGGUGGAGUACAAGGACUCGCCGACAUUUCACCUGCGCACCCGCUACAUGCGCGCCGUCCACUUCGCCAGGGUCGAGACGCCCCCGGAGACCUGCUGCCUGCCGCUGCCCCCGCGGGACGCCGCGUCGGCCCCCGCAAUGGAGGUCUUCGGCCUCCAGUGCGAGAGCCCGAACCUGACAGGGUACGACUUCUACACGUGGAUGCACGAGGGGGACUUCCUCUCGAAGAGCCAGGACCUAGGCAGCAGCGAGGCCGAGAUCAUGAGGAUCCUCGAGGCCCUCGACACGAGCGCCGUGCGGGCGCCCACGCUGCGGGUCUCGCGCCAGACCAGCGAGGAGAAGCUGGGGCAGGCGGACGGCGCCAGUGGCGGCACCCCGCGGCACUGCGCCGGGGAGGGCGUCGUGGUCACCAUGGUGCAGGCCUCGGGGCUCAGGGGCGGGGACGUCUACUGCAAGUGCACGGUCGAGGGGCCGCGCGCUCAGAGCAGAGCGGAGAUCGGCUUCUCGUUCGUCAAGACCCACGUGGUGAGCAACAGCGCCGAUCCCGAGUGGAACUCGCAGCACGUCCUGCUGGGCGCCGGGCCGGGCGACGUGCUGCGGCUCGAGGCGUGGGACGCGAGCGCGUGGCCGCAGCCCCACGACCUGCUCGGCACGGCCCUCCUGCGGCUGGCGCCAGACCGGGUCUCUGACCGGGGCGUGAUCACGGAGGAGCUGCGGCUGGAUGCGGGGGGCUCGCUGACCGUCCGGGUGUCGGGCCUGCGCGCGGACGCGGCGGCGCGAGUCGGCCCGCUGCCGAGCCUGCGCAGCCAGGAGAAGCUGAAGGAGCGGGGGAGGGCAGACCCUCCUCGCCCGCGGCGCCCGAGGCCGCCGAGCUGCCGCCGCCGGAAUUCCACGGCCGCCCCGCCGAGGCUCGGGGGGCCGAGCUGGGUACGGAAAGGCGGACUGCUGGGCCGUGCCGGAGCUGCCCCGCCCGGGCGCGCUGCCCCCCGGGCGGCGCGCGGCCGCGGCCGCGCGGGGGCCUGGCGGGGGCGCCAGCCCGGCGAGC